AUGCACGAGAUCAACGUCGCUUUCUUUAGGGAAUACGAUUUCGUGUCGGGUGGUGACAACGGCGUCGGGCCUUUUGGUUCCAUCAAAGACAUAUCGGAGAAGCGAGAAACACACGAGCACGUCGCGUUGCAGCCUUUGCUAGGAUUCAAAGACCAAUGGCACGCUCUGGAUCUCACAAGAUUGGAUGCCCUGUGGAAUCGAGACCUCGAGCGGCUUAAGAAAUCGAGCGACGUCCAGCUCUUUGAAUGCGGCACAUUUGGGCCGACACUCGACGUCACCGCUUUCUUCGAACGGUUCUCCAUCGAUUGGUCCAGCCGGAUGGCAGCUGAGUCGCUGGCAGCAGCCCAAUGGAGAUACAUGCAGCUUGCGUUGGAGAGAAUGGCUGCCGAAGUGUACUUGUCAGAGAAAGGCAUCUACAUGGCACCUCAACCAACUCUAGACCUUGCCUCAAGGGCUAAGCCGAGAGAAGGAAACAGUCAAUCCGCAGUCGAUGACUUGUAUGAAGAGCUACCUUUUUCUCGCGCAGGGUCAGAAAUGACAUUACCGACACCUUCAGCAACACCGUCAUCAUCUCGAGCAACCUCCCAAGUUGCCGAAUCGUUCGAGACGCAAGAGGAAGAUGACACGUCUGAUCGGGAAUGUCCAGCCGUGACGCGCCUGCGUAUGUAUCUUCCAUCAAGCAAGUUCACUCCUCCAGCAAAGCAAGGACAAAGCCGCGUUAUGUCUCUCUGGCCUGAGCAGAGAGGCAGCGACCCCAAGGAUUACAGAUACUCGCGCAAGGGGAAGGGGGCGGAUGGACUUGAACAAGCGGCGAAGCGCAGGCGGGAGAAAGAAGUGGAACGCCGGCGCCGGAGAGCCGAGAGGAAAGCACAGCUAGGGAUUAAGCUCGAGGGCUUUGGCGACUCGCUCAGUCAGGCGCCUGUGCCGGAUGAGGUCCGAUCGAGUCCGCCGCCUCAGAUGUUCGCGAAGAGCCAGGGACAGUAUCAGGGCUUUGGGUUCGGAAGCCAGAGUCAAGCUCAGAGCCAGAGCCAGAGCCAGAACUUCGGUCCUUUCCAGACAAUGUCCCAGCCGAUCCGCGGUGAGUUCGGGACUAGAACCUCCGUGCUCAGAAAGAAGAUCAAGGGGAAGCACAAGGCAAAGUCGGGUUUUAAGUAG